UAUAUCAUUAUUAGCAUGCACUCAUCAACGCAAGCACCUGAGGAUUAUUUUAUCGCAUAUGGAAACACAAAUGUUAGCUCAGGUAAUAAAAUGCAGAUCGCCAGAGUAACAUAUCAUGCAAACUUCAUCUACCUACCACCCUAUACAUAUGACAUAGGAAUAAUCAAGCUCACUGAACCAAUUUCAUUCGGAGAGACUGCUCAGCCCGUGAAGCUACCCAAACCACACGAGAGCACACCAGCCAACAAAACAGCUUCAUUAGCAGGUUGGGGUACUAUAACAGUGAGUAUUUCGUUAUUAGUUCACAAUCUGUUUACAUUACACAUAUACUAA